GUGGCUGUAUCGCGUGCCGUAGCGUAGAAUGUAGGCUGCCAAAAUGUCGUCCGUUGGGUACGUGCAAACCCGGGCUCUUUUCAAGGGUAUCAGCGCUGCCUCUUUGUUCACACUACAAAGGGAAAUAUGCGAAAAGAGCAUGGUCAUCACCAGCAAGCCACCUGAGCAACUGAUAGGAAUUCUCCAGCCAGAGCUGAUGAUGACUGAGUAUGGACCUCUGUACCAACAAUUGCAGACCCUUGAUCAUCUGUCAGUUGCCUACUAUCCUGACGACAAGCUGUACGAAGAGUCACUGCACAUCCUUCUGGCUCUUCAGCAAAAACUCCAGUACCACGCUCACCUGAGCACAUCUAUGGAUAUUGUCGAUGGCUCAUAUUCAAGUCGUCCUGCAGCCAUUACGAGGCUGUUGGUGGAGCUUAAUGGGAUUGAGAUCUUGCUGCGCAUCAUUAUGCAGUACAGCCUGCUUCCUAGAGAGAGUGCCAUCAAGCAUGCGAAGGAUCCUCGUUACCUUAUUAUACAGAGCCAUUGUGUUCAAGUUCUACAUAGGCUCUGUGUGGAUGAUGCAAAUACAGCACGGAAAUUGUCUGAUAAAGAAGCACUUUUUCAAGGCCUCCUCUCCUUGCUGCAGUUCAGUGAAACUUGCUUAGUGGCAUGCGACCUCAUAGAAUGUCUUUUGCUUUCACGGCGAGAAGUUCUGAAUCUUACCGCCAUAGCCAACAUAACCAGUCUGAUCGCCAACUUGAGUGACAUUCAACUGGCCAAUUUCUGCAAAAUUCUGGCUAUAAGCUUGUCAGACCUGGAUGUGUAUGAGCACAAAACGUCACUGUAUGUCCAGUGCAAGGAGAAAAACCGCAAUAACUUUUCCUGUGUUCGAGACAUCAACCAAGAGGUCAUCUUAAAUGUACCUGGUAUCCUCAAGCGUCUGGUCAUGAUAGCUUGUGCAAAACCCUAUACACCAAGGUUUCCAGCUAUUGCUGGGGAAAUGAACCACUGGAUGCAAUGGAUCGAAAAUCAAGUCAGCACUUCAGGCACUGGCCCAGUGAUGGACUUUAUUGGUGGGAUCUCUCUGUGGAAUAGAGAAAGCGGCCGGUUCCAACAUGAAGCAGCCCUAAAGAUCUCAGCAGAAAUGACAUUCCGUGCAGAGGCUGUCUACAUACUAGGCUUACUACUUGUUGGAAAACGCAAAAAAGAGGUGCAAAGGGCGCUGGCAUCGCUGCGGCUAAUCCCACAGCUGUCGGAUCUGUUUGAUCACUUCGUAUGGAAACACAAUACAAUGCGAGGCCAAGACAGGGGUCGCCUGCCAGGUCACAACGUUAACUGCGAGUGUAGUCCUGAAGUUGCCCUCAAGAUUCAAGUGCUAAGAUUGGUGCACAGUUUUUGUGAACAUGCAGAGUACAAACAUGUCAUGCUUUCAUGGAGCGAAUACAGUGAACUCAAAAGAAAUGAACAAGCACGAAGUGUAGAAAGUCCAAGCCUUGAUCGCAACUUGAUGUGCACUGGGAGUAAAGGCCUUCUCACCAAAAUAGUUGAAGUGCUCAAGAAAGAAGCAGGUAGCUCCACGUUCAGAUUCUGGCUGUCACGUGCUAUCGAAAGUUAUCUACGUGGGUGCACCAGUAGUGCUGAUCAAGACUUCCUCCUUUCCAGGGGCCUUCUGCAGUUGGUCGCUGGCAACCUAGUCAACUGUAAUGUUCGCCAAAAAGAACUGCUUCAAAGCAGUUUUGACCUCCUGGGCGAGUUGGUGAAGUUCAAUCUAAGGGCAUUCCGGCAGCUUGACAAAAUCCUGAGCACCGAGGCAAAGCAACGAAAGCUACUCCAGCUGGUCAACGGCUGCUUGGUGGACUCCAACAUGUUUGUCCGUAGCCUGGUUCUUUCUCAGGAGCACCUCUCUGUGUCAGAUGACUAUGAGGCUAAAGAGUAUGCUGAGAGGACCAGCUAUGUGCUGAGCCAUAUCGGGGACCAACGAAACCGGAUUCGUUAUCUCAAAAAGCUGGUUUCUCUUGUGACCAUUUCUAACCUCACGCAGGAGAAUGUGAGCUGUGUUAACACAGCCUUAGUGCUGCUGAUCUUUGCACAACAGCACGGUCAACUAGUGAGUUACCUGCAUGCUCUGCGGGGCCCACCUCCACCAGAUGCAGCUAGCAAAGCGGCCUGCAGUGCCAAUGCACCUACUAGUGUCCCUGCUGACUCCACAGCAGCCACAGCCACAGCUUCGUCAGGAAACUUAUUGCAAAACUUGCUUGAGCUACUACAUUUUUGGCAAGAACACUACCUUCAUAAAGACAAAGAUUGCUCUGCCCUCGAAAAGAGCUCACGAAUCGUGUUUCACCGGUGGAAGGCCAUGGUGAACACACUUGUCUCGGAGGACAUUACCAGUCCGGUGUCCCUGGUCCACCAUGUUCACCCUGGGCCCAGCACCCGAGACAGUUGAUGGACUGAAUGCUCCGCAUCAGGGCAGUGCAACCCAGCCUCUUAGCAUGUGCAUGUAAUACUGUGUGUUAGGUUCAUAGAUGAAAUGGGCCCUGUGUGCUGCGCAGAGUUUUUUUAAAAAGCAGUUAUUGCUUUCAUAAUAAAGUUGGCAUUGUUCUCUAUA